AUAAUCAUUUUCUGGCAGUGAAGUUUCUGAGAGGUUGAACUGAAAUAUCUAAUGCGAGUAAGAUCUGGAUUUGGACGUCUGGAAACAAUGUGCAUGCGCGAGAUUGUUCUGAGCAUCAGCUUAGUGAUCCUAAUUACGAGCAGCGACGCUUCUAGAAAGUGUUCGAGUAAUCAGUUCCAGUGCAAGAGCGGAGAAUGCAUUCCUCUAAGAUUCGAGUGUGACAAGAUUGUGGAUUGUCAGGAUGAAUCUGACGAAAGCGGGUGUCCGAUUGAACCACCGCAGAUCUGCUUGGAGCUUCAAUGCAAUGAUGGAUCUUGCAUUCCUGGAAAGAAAUGUGACGGCAUCUAUCAAUGCCCUGAUGGAUCUGACGAGAUGAAUUGUCCAACCGAACCAUGCAAGGGAUUCGAGUGUCACUCUGAUGGCAAAUGUAUCCCACAUUCUCGAGUAUGUAAUGCAUUCAGUGACUGUUUCGAUAACUCAGAUGAGCAGGGAUGUCCGGAGCCCUCUUGUAACAGAAAUGAGUUCACGUGCAAUGAUGGAAAAUGUAUCGAUUUGACCUCAGUAUGCAAUGGAUUCAGGGAGUGCAAAAAUGGCGAAGACGAGGGCGAGUUCUGCAGCGUCGACCCAGAUGUUGUCGUUUUGAGUUGCCGGCGUGGGCAGUUCAAUUGUGGAGAUGGAACUUGUAUUCCGAUCGACAAAGUCUGCGAUUUUGUUCCCGACUGUAAGCGAGGAGAGGACGAAGGCGACUUCUGUCCAAUCAAUCCGCCUUUGAGACGCCCCCAAGACUGCCACUUGACAGACUUCCACUGCAACGACGGAACAUGUCUACCAGCCUCAUGCAUCUGCGACGGGAACCCACAAUGUCACGGGGGUGAAGACGAAGGACGGUUCUGCUUGGCGCCUGAACCGGAGAUAAUCCCGAGGGGCAACUGCUCAAGGAACCAAUUUACAUGCACAGAUGGUGUUUGCCUGUCAAUGGAUCUGGUUUGCAACGCUAAAUGGAACUGCAAAAACGGAGAGGAUGAGGGCGAUUUUUGCCCGGAACCUUUGCCCCCUCUUCCAAACCCAAGAUGCUUCAACGAUGAGUUCACAUGCACUGAUGGAAAAUGUGUACCAUUCUCUUGUGUCUGUGACGGUGAGUGGAACUGUUUAUACGGCGAAGACGAAGCUAAAUUCUGCAUCAAGGAUAAACCAGAACCCCCGAAGACCUGCGACACCGAUGAGUUCAUGUGUGCAAAUGGCAAAUGUAUCCCGCUCUCGAGCCUGUGCGAUGGCAAGAACAAUUGUGAAAAUGGCGAAGAUGAAGGCGACUUCUGCCCAACCCCUCCGCCCGUGAGGCCACCCCCGAUUUGUGGACCUAACGAGUUCCGAUGUGCCGAUGCUAAAUGUAUCCAGGUGGCUUUAGUAUGCAAUGGAAAAGCCGAUUGUAUUUAUGCCGAGGACGAGGGAGAGUAUUGUGCCACGAAGCCCCCUCCCCCAGCUCCGAAACCGAAGUGUGGAGCCAACGAGUUCAUCUGCCAGGACGGAUCUUGCAUCUCGCUUCGACUGGUGUGUGACGGCGUUAAAGACUGCAGAAACGGCGAAGACGAGGGACAAUUUUGCCCAACUCCACCUCCCAUCCCAGAACCCCCUAGUUGCAGUGUUAAUGAGUUCUUGUGCGUGUCUGACGGAAGUUGUAUCCCUCAAACUUGGCUGUGUGAUGGAAAAUGGAAUUGCAAAAAGGGAGAGGACGAGGCUGAGUUCUGUCGACCUCCUCCAGCUCCUGAAGCUCCCUUGCCUUGCAAUGAGUACCAGUUCACUUGCUCCGAUGGAACUUGCAUCCAACAGGUCUUCGUUUGUGACGGAAGGUGGCAUUGCGCUCUGGGUGAGGACGAAGGACCCUACUGUCCGACUGCUCCGACCCCCUACCCUGCCCCGAUUUGUGACAAGAAUCACUUUCUGUGCAGUGACGGAACUUGCAUCCCGAACAUCCACGUAUGCAACGGAAGAUGGGAUUGUGUCCAUGGUGAUGACGAAGAUGAGUUCUGCGAGCCCCACCCUACCGUGGAACCUCCCAAGCCCCGUUGCAAAGUAGAUGAGUUCACUUGUAUCGAUGGCAGCUGCAUCCCCCACUUGAAAGUGUGCAAUGGGAAGAAGAACUGUGCUGAGGGUGAGGAUGAGGGGGAGUUCUGUCCCACUUACGCCCCUCCCCUGCCUGGACUUCUGUGUGACAAUGACCACUUCAUGUGUGCUGAUGGAACCUGCAUCAAAGUGGCGUUCGUUUGUGAUGGCAUGUGGCACUGCGAUAGCGGCGAAGAUGAAGGUGAUUUCUGUGAACCGAUCCCAGAACCUCCGACUCCAGAUCAGAGCUGCAAACUGUACGAAUUCAAGUGUGCCGAUGGAAAAUGUAUCUCGCAUGACAAAGUGUGCAACGGACGAGACGACUGCCGAAACGGGGAUGACGAGGCCGACUUCUGUCCGACUGCUCCGCCGAAACCCGAGGGACCGAAGUGCGGAAGAAACGAGUUCAUGUGCGACAACGGAGAGUGCAUCAAUUACCGAUUCGUCUGCGACGGAGUCUGGAAUUGCCGAAAGGGAGAGGACGAGGCCAAAUUCUGCCUCCCCCACAAAACACCUCCAGUGCCCGAAUGUGAAAUGGACGAGUUCAUGUGCUCCGAUGGGUUGUGUGUGAAGUUGCACAAGUUGUGUGACGAGUUCUACGACUGUGCGGACGGGGCUGACGAAGGAAGAUUCUGCACUGUAAUUGACCAGUGCAAGGGAUUCAUGUGCAGAGACGACUCAAGAUGUCUGAGGUGGAACCAAGUGUGUGAUGGUCACAAACAGUGUUUCGAUGGAAGCGACGAGAAGAAUUGUGACUUGAGGCCUUCGAUUGACAUGACCUGUCCCAAGAAUCAGUUCCAGUGCUCGCAAACCCGGGAAUGCGUUGACAUCAACUCUUGCUGCAAUGGAGUGAGUGACUGUGGCGACAAGACAGACGAACUGGUCUGCAACCGAACUCUGAUUGUACCCAACAACCCUUGCCGAGUGGGGGAGUAUUUCUGUGUGGACCAGUCGCGCUGUCUGCCCACCAACUGUCUGUGUGACCACGUGAAGGACUGUCCAGAUGGAUCGGAUGAGAUCCGACAGGUGUGCGAGAACGCCAUGUGAGCAGGAGCUCAAAAUAACUGAACUGAAACUCACAAAACAGACUUGCCAGUAUAUUAUUAAAUAAAUACAAUAAGUUGAUUAUCAAUUGUAUUGGUAAACAUAAUUUAUUGUUUAUUUUAACAA